GGUCUGUUUCUAGGUGUCUAGCAACAGCUAUCAGCCCAGACAGCCAGCGGCAAAGGGAGCUGUAUUUUUCGGUGUGUCUUUUCACGAUUAUUCGCUGCCGAGUACUCAUACUUAAUAGUCGCUUGGCUGAAAGUAGUGAAAAAACAACCCUGACCCCUGCACAGAGAUAUGAGCGGCAGCGGGCGGCCCAGGACCAGCUCGUUUGCUGAGCCGCCAGGUGUGCCAGGAACCGCCGCUGCGUCCACCGGAUCAGCCGCUGCCGUGGGGAGCAGCACAGGAAAGUCCGGGGUCCCGCAGGCCUCCGGCAGCAGCUCGUCGGGAUGCUCGAACCUAAAGCUUGCCAGAGACAGCGGGAAGGUGACGACAGUUGUGGCCACACCAGGUCAGGGACCAGACCGCCCACAGGAAGUCUCUUACACUGACAUUAAGGUGAUUGGCAAUGGGUCGUUUGGUGUGGUGUACCAAGCUCGCCUCAUCGACAGCCAAGAGAUGGUGGCCAUAAAGAAGGUUCUGCAGGAUAAGAGGUUCAAGAAUCGGGAACUACAGAUAAUGAGGAAGCUUGAUCACUGCAACAUUGUCAGACUACGUUUCUUCUUCUACUCCAGUGGCGAGAAGAAAGAUGAAGUGUAUCUCAACCUGGUGCUGGACUUUGUCCCUGAGACCGUCUACAGGGUUGCCAGGCAUUUUAACAAGGCCAAGAGCAUCAUUCCUAUCAUAUAUGUGAAGGUGUACAUGUACCAGUUGUUUCGCAGUCUGGCUUAUAUCCAUUCCCAGGGCGUGUGUCACAGAGACAUCAAACCCCAAAAUCUGCUUGUCGACCCAGAAACUGCCAUCCUCAAGCUGUGUGACUUUGGCAGCGCCAAACAGCUGGUCCGCGGUGAACCCAACGUGUCGUAUAUCUGCUCACGGUAUUAUCGCGCCCCUGAGCUCAUUUUUGGCGCCACAGACUACACAGCAAACAUUGACAUCUGGUCAGCAGGCUGCGUACUGGCUGAGCUGCUGCUCGGACAACCCAUAUUCCCCGGUGACAGUGGGGUAGACCAGCUAGUAGAGAUUAUCAAGGUGCUGGGAACCCCAACAAGGGAACAAAUCCGAGAGAUGAACCCAAACUACACAGAAUUCAAGUUCCCUCAGAUCAAAGCCCAUCCAUGGACCAAGGUGUUUAAACCUCGCACCCCUCCAGAAGCCAUUGCUCUUUGCUCCCGGCUGCUGGAGUACACGCCGGCCUCACGUUUCUCCCCGCUAGAGGCCUGUUCACAUGCCUUCUUCGACGAGCUGCGCCAGCCUAACACGCGACUGCCCAGUGGACGUGAACUGCCGAUGCUCUUUAACUUCAGCCCCACAGAGUUGUCAAUCCAGCCGCAGCUGAACUCAACCCUCAUUCCUCCUCACGCUCGUUCUCAUACAGUUGCUUCUGCCCACGAUGGUACCGGAUCAGAUUCAUCUCAACACAGUUCAGUACCAGGGUCUCUUAACAGCAUCUGAAGCAGCUUCUCGCCUGCCUGCCUGCCAGCCUCACCCUUACCUCAGACGCGCAGACACACACACACACACACACACACACACACACACACACACACCCUCACUCUACUGCUUUCCUCCGUGCUGCUUGCUCUCCUCUUAGAUGAUCUGUUUUUGUACAGUAAAUGCAUUGAACAAACAAACAUUAGUUCUGUAGCUGCCAUGGUUGAAACUACAGCAGGAGAUUGUUACACACACAGUUUCGUUGCUGAUCGGGUGGGAUGUGAAGGUUCAAUAGUGGGGGCUGGUCCUCUGUAAUAUAACCUUUUUUUAAAUCAACAUUUUUUUUCUUUAUAUUUGUGUUUAUUUAUUUCACUAAUUGAAAACAUCGUAUGAUCACACAACGUUUUGUCUCUAAAGAUUUUUCCACUUCAGAUUAUUUUUUUAUAAUCUUCAGUGUUUUUUGCAGUAAGGGGUGAACUGUACACUGCCUGACCAAGACCAGAACUGACCCCAAAUAGGUCAUCAGGGUAAAGGAGAUUUUUAUUCAACUCAGGGCAGGAGAGUGGAUGCAGGGACUGAUAAAUUCCUAAAUCCUCCAGCCACAUUAUUUUACCAAUCCAGCCUGAUGUUUAGGUUUAAAUUAAACCUCCAAGUCUUCUUAAUUUACCUCCUUAAGUGGUGGGUAGAGGGUAGUAAAACUCAUCAGUACCAAGUAGCAGUUAUCAGUGUUUGGUUGGAGGUGUAUUGGAUUGCCCCUUACAUGAAUCAUGUUCAGUGGGUGGACUGGAAAUAACCAGCCAUCAGCCAAACGCUGACUCCACCAGAUACCGUGUCUUGUAUUCAUCUGUUUGUUUCCUGUUCAAGAUAGUUUUGUUUGGUAAAAGAUUGCAAUAUUCCUAUAAAAUAUCUGCUUUUACACUUCCAUAUAAAUAUGGGUUAGUUCAAUCAUGGGUUUAGGCUACUUUUCAGCUUUUAUUUGUGAUAAUUGUUUUUAACUCAUUUCCACAUCCAGGAGGGCAGAGAUGUUAAUUUGGAAAGACUUUUAUGUAAAACAUCCAGAGGAAUAUUCAUUGACUCCUGCUCUUUUUCAUCACCUCAAAAAAUAGUGUAGACCUGUAAAUGUCAGUUGUGAAGAAAGUGUCAAUGUGAUGCUCAGAAAAAUUAAAUGAAAUUGAGCAAGCAAAUUAGAAUCAUAGUAGUGCAGCUAGUAGUACAUUACUGGGUGCUGCUUGUUCUCUGUCCUACCAACUAGUUAGUUGUGUUCAUUUCGAUGAUUAGAUGAAAACCAGCAGUGCUCUGGAUGCUACUGUCGUCGUGGAUCAUUACAACAAUAGAAGACUUAGAGGCUCCUUGUAAUUCCAAAAUUCAACAUGGAUAGUGAAGCUUGUCUAAUAGACUAGAGCUCAGUCAGUCUGUAUUCUGUAUCAAAACAUCAGUGCUUCUUAACAAAAUUGUUUUCAGAAUUAACAUGCUGAAGAAAAUAACCAAAUUUACGCCCUCUUUAACCAUUCAAAAGGAGAAAAAAAAGUUUUUUAAUUGAUUCCACCUAUAAACGAGGACCUGCUGUGAGUGGAGACGUCAAGUAGUAUCAAUAGCAGUUUACUGUGGAGGAAACGUCUAUGGUCAGAAAUGUCUUAAAGGUGUGUUCCACUAAAAUUGGCUGUAAUAAAAUUAAUAUUAUUUGUCUUUUAUUGCUUUCAAAACUUGAGUUAAUUAAAAUGAGGCAAUCGUGAUGUGGUAGGAAGCCAAAACAUUUUAAUUAGGGUAACCACAGGGUGCUUUUAAAAAGUCUGACAUUGUUUUAUUAUUCAGUUGGAUGCAAUUUGCAACUUCACCGCUAGAUGCCACUAAAUCCUACACACUCAUUUUAAAGCUUUGAAAAGUAUUCAAACUAAAUAUAGUAAAUAUAGUUACUUGACGGGUCUCCUUUACAUUUUACUAUUGUCUUUUUUUUUCCUAUUCUACCAGUUGAUGUGUAUUCAGACAGGACAGGCUUGGAUUUCUUAUUUAAGUCUUAAAAUGUCUCUGUAAUUUCAGAAUAUGAUGAUGUUAUUUCUCUGAAACCUGUAAGAUCCUCUGAAAAUGAUUGGCAAAUUAAACACAAAUGCUAUCUAAUCAAAAACCUCUUUUGGUGGAAUUCCCCUUUUAGCUCAAAGAUAAUUCCUGUCAUGAUGUUAGUAUAGAAAGAAGUGCUUUUGUGUGAAUGUUGGCCCUGUUAAUUACACAAAGCAGAGAAACUAAAGAAUGCUGCAGUGGGGAUUUAAUGUUUUAUUAAACUUGAAGGGGAAUAUUUCAUGUAAAUGUUUGAUUUGAGCUGGAUGUCAGUUAUAGCCGAAGAGGCCUUUUGUGUUGAUGUUGCAGCUUCUUUAGCAAACUGUACUUCCAUCAAAGAAAAGUGAAGAGACGGCUUCGUAGAAACAAAAUCAACUGAGGAUAAAUGGACAUUUGCUUCAGUUCAUUAGUGCUGACAUGUACACAUAGGCAAAUCAUAAGAAAGAUGAAUUGAAGGCUUAAUGUGAAUAGUUGAACAUGAGCUUCAAGCAGGGGAGUUUCUGUUAGGUGUGUGUUUGUCUAUUCUUAUACUAUCUUUGUGAGGACUGAAUUGAAUUUUACCCCAUAAGAGUGAGAAAAGACAGCUGUUGGUUUUUUGUUUUGGUUUGGUUGACGUGGUCUUACGGUCAAGGUUACUAUUAGGGUCAUGGGUCAGAGAAUGUAUUGUCACAGUCGGCAUCCUCUCAAGUAAAGAAGUAAAAGUGUGUAUGUUUGACCGACCAUAUUCCAACCUGCAGUCUGAACAACCAGUGUUUUAGGGAUUAGAGCAGUCAACAAUUCAUAUUUUUAGUAAGCAGUGCAGACCACUUGAAAGUUUUAGUAUAGUAUAUUUGAUACUAUUAUACCAUGCCUCCACCUGCUGUUUUUACCCGUAGCCAUGUUUGUGUUUUUUAAAAAUACAAGUGAGGAGCUCUGAUGAGCCCCGAUGCGUUUUGAAUUCCACCACACUCGGCACAUUCACAUCGAUUUCAUAUGAGGAGAGUGGAGAGCAUUUUUCAUUCUCUUUCCAACCGUGGUUUUCCUCCCAGCCGCUUCUGGGUUUCAAACUGCUAACCUCCCAGUACUGUGGGUGACUGCUGGGCAACAUCGUGCUUUCUGUGCUGUAGAGAGUCCAACCAGCGUGUUUGAUUAACUCUGCAGGGUGCGUCACACUCAGAGCUGUGAGACUUUUUGUGGCUAUGACAAAGUGUGGGAAAAGCUGCUCCCAGCGAGAGGAAUCAAACACGGCUGAUUUUUCUCUUCCCCAAUCUCAGAAGCCAUUUUUUCCCCUCCUUUCUCUCCUGUCUCCUCCUCUUAUCGCACGUGUAAAUAUCACUGAUUUUUAUUUUCCUCUUUUUACUUUUUAUUACAGAGUUGUUUAUAUCUUACUUCCCUCAUCCUGUUGAUGGAGCAGUCUUAGUUUGUGCAUUUUUGUAAAUAAGUUUCUUUUUUUCACAAUUCAAAAUGUAAAUACUGCAAAGAAAAAAAAAUCAGCCUACUCCUCAUGUUUGUUGAUAUUUCUCUCUCUUCCUCUUUCUUGUAGUCCAGUGAACAUUUUAAAGUAGCUGUUAACACCGCUACUCAGCUGUCCUCCCUUUUUGGUCCUCUGUUGGAUCACCUGACUGUUGAAUGAAUAUUUUAAAAGUUCUGUUCCAAAAUGCUCUCUUUCUGUUUACUUUGGGUAGAACAUAUAAACAUCUAAGAGUGAUGUGACCUCUCUGAAAUCUAAAGGACUGAAGCAUGUUCGCUUAUCUGAGCCAUGCGGCAGCAGCGUCUUGAAUCUGGCCAAGGUUGCAUGACAGUGCUCUCUCCAAACUACUCAUCUAUUAUCUGCUGUUGAUACAGUGUGUAUAUAUACAGUAUAAUAAAUGCAAAAUGUUUGAAGCAAUGAUGUUUGUUUUUACCAUGAUUAAAUCUAAACUUUUUCAAAAUCACAUUUAAGAGGCUGCAGAGUCUUUACAAGAGAGAGCUGUUCAGUCAUUAUUACUAACUGUGCUAGUUAUAGUGAAACACAAGAAACAUUUCCUGUUCUCUUUUUGACUUGGUAACCUCCUAUUCUUUUAUUGUACAAUUACACAAGAGGAUACACAAUAUAAACUCAGAAUCAGAAAAUAGCUGUCAAAAGUCAAGCAGAUUUAAAAUGAUAAAUUUAAAGCAGCUAUAAAAAAAAAGAAAGAAAACAACUGCAGUUGUAACUCUUAAUAUUUGCAGGUGGUUGUUGCAGUAGUUAUUACCUUCCUUGCCUGUAGAUGGCAGACAUUGACAUGCCUACAAUUUGCUCUUUAAGGAGAAACCACCGAUUUAGCAUUGCGCUUUGAUUAAAUUGUCGGAAUCUCAGUGGACAGUUUUUAAAAUCAAUGCCAUAUAACCAGAGAAAUCAUCUUUUUUUUAAUUCCACCCAUUCUCCUUCCUUGUCAAAACCUGGCGCCUACAUUACCCACAAUACAUCUAGACUGCCGACAGUUAGGUUGAAGAUUGGCUAGCAGUAGCUAAUGUGGCCACUGCAGAGACAUGGAGCGAGCUAGAGAGAGCUAACUUCUUCCUAACUCCAAACUCACAUCUUUUAGACUUUUCAGUCCCAUCUGAAGCAAUUUUUAUCAUAUUUAAUUUUUAUUGCUUGUAGGUGGCUCAUGUGAGACUGGUAAUACAGAGCUUUUUUACUACCACAAAGUUGGUUGUUCUCGUUUUGGAACAGAACUUCAUUUGUACGUUGUGUCAUAUUGCAAUAUAUUAUUACUGUGCAGUAUUGAGAAAAAUGUCUUUGCAACAUGUCACUGGUAUUUUUGCAGAAAGCGCAAUGUCUGACUUGAGUGAUCUCAGAAGUGUUUGGUUGGACUAGAAUCAGUGUGUCCAGCUAAUACUUAACAUGGGCAUUUUGUAUUAUGUGCUGUAUGACAUACAGAAUUGCUGCUAUGGUCACAACAUGGCAGAAACAGACAUUUGUGUUGUAACUGCAGACAGAGCCACCAAUGAGCUGUGUGUUUGUCGCCAGGUAACAUGCAGAAAUGUUGCUGCACAUGAACGACAGUUUGAAGUAAACUGAAUCUCCGAUAUUCUACUUUUGUUUGUGUUUUUGAAUUCUCUGAAAACUCAAUUGUGUGUUAAUAUUAUGUCGCUUAAUUAACUGAGGGAGAUUACAGCAUCUCUUUAUAUGUCACUUUUAUUUAAUUUUUCAAUUUUUUUUUUUUUUUUUUUUACUCCAAUGUCAAUCUGCCCUGGUGGACUGAUGUGAUGGAGGGACAGACGGAGAAAGAGAGAGAAAGAAACACAGACCUGUCCGUCUCUGUUCUGUGUGUGUGUAUGAUAUGAACUCAUUUACUGUAAUAAAGUGAUGAAACUGUG